AUGCCACAUGUUCUGAUUGCUUGCAGUGCUAGUGUUGCUGCAAUCAAAAUACCAGAUAUUAUUUCUCAACUCGUUCAAAAGAAUAUUAGCACAACAUUAGUCGUUACAGAAGCUAGUAAACAUUUUUUAGAUGUCGAGAAAAUUAGAAAUGAUUUAAAAAUUGAUGUUUAUACAGAUCAAAAUGAAUGGGAUGCUUGGAAAACUCGAGGAGAUCCCGUAUUGCAUAUUGAACUUUCCAAAAAAGCGGAUUUAUUGGUACUUGCUCCUUUGAGUGCUAAUACUAUGGCUAAAGUGAGUGCAGGAAUUUGUGACAAUUUAUUAACAUGCAUUGUUAGAGCUUGGAAUGUUUCAAAACCAGUAUUGUUUUGUCCAUCAAUGAAUACUCAAAUGUGGAAUCACCCAGUUACUAAAGAUCAAGUGAAUAAACUGCAGUCAUGGGGAUAUUGCCUAAUUCCUCCAAUUAUUAAGACGUUGAUGUGUGGUGAUCAUGGUAUUGGUGCAAUGGCCGAAGUUGAAACUAUUAAUUGGAUCAGAAAAAUGUGUGAUAAUUCGCCUUUCGGGCCCCAUAAAAAAGCACUGGGCUCAAACUAAAUCACUCCAAUUGGAUGAACUUCUCAGUGAUGGUGAAAUGAAGGAACAACAUAGAAAGGCAAUGAUUGAAUG